GCGGCAAUGCCUGGUUUUCUGGAAAUUAUAGAUAGCUUCUGCACCAAGGACUCGGAAGUUGCAACCUCAUCAAGCUUCAAACCGGAGCAUCGCCAGUCUGUGCUUUACCAUCUUUGUUCGCCCGAGGACGUGGAGCUAGGGAAUCUUCUAGUCAAACCAAAUCCUCUCUUGCCACCCUCUGAAAUCGCCGUGGAGUACACGAAAGAGAAGUAUGGAAGUAUUCCUCGUUAUUACAUCAAAGGGAUUCAUGACGUGUUGAUGCCCGUGGCAAUGCAAGAUUAUCUUCUGGAAAACAAUCCCCCUGACGGUGUUCUAGAGCUUCCAUCUGAUCACAGCCCCUUCUUUUCCACUCCAGAUGCGCUUGUGGAGGCACUCUCAAGCAUUGCAACAUCGUUAAAAUGAAAGCUUAUGGCAAAUGCAAGGAACCGUCCUAUCACUAUAUAAUGAAAAUAAUCUUGGACAAUG